AUGGUGGCUGAAGUUGGUGAGAUUUUGGUGAGGUUGCUGCCAACUCCAACCCAAAUUCAACAGAGUGGAGUGGAUUUAAUAAUUAAAACAUGUAACCACACAAGUAAUCCUAAUAUUUGUGUUGAAUAUCUACGAUCCGACCCUCAAAGCUUGACUGUCGAUGUCAAAGGGCUCGCUCGCAUACUCCUCGAGAUGGCUUCGAAAAAUGCUAAUGAUACUGCAGAAGCUAUUGAAAAGCAAUUCAAGAAAAACACUGACCCUAUAUUGACACAGUGCUUUGAAAUUUGCAUCAGUGUCUAUAAGCUUGCUGUGGAAGAUCUCCCAAAUGAAAUCAGCAGCCUGGAUUCUAAUUUACUUGCCGAUGCAUUAACUCUUGCAGGAUAUGCAAGUGAAGAUGCAGAAGAAUGUGAAAAGGUAUUUGUAAGGCCACCAAAUCCUACAAAGUCACCAUUUACCAAGCAAAACAAAGUUGUGGAUAAUCUCUCAACACUUGCUGUAGAAAUUAUUUCUGUCUUGCCCCAAUCAGGUUGA